AUGCCAUCCCCGAGGAAGCGCUGCAAAUUAGCGCACGAUACACCGGCCGUGCCGCAGUGGCCUGCUAGCGAGAUUCCCGUGGAGAUAUUCGAGAUCAUCGUGUCCCACCUCAGUCGCUCCGAGAUCAGGUCAUUGCGACUUGUGUGCCGGGAAUUCGAGGACAAGGUAUCGUCGUAUUACUUCAGAAAUGUCGUAGUGCCCUUCCGCUCCGAACUGUACGGCACUCUACCACCCGACGAGACAGGCGUGCGCCAGCAUCCUUCCUCGGCUCUCUUUAGCAACGGCGGUGGCAUCUUCAAGAAUUUUGGCCACCACAUACUUCGCUUUGCCCUUUCGUUGGAACUGGACGAAGACGCGCUGGCGUAUCCACCGGUCAAGGCUGUGCAGGAAGCCUUGCCCGCGUUCUGGGGGAUCUACCGAUGGCCUCACCAGUCGUACAACCGCUACACCGACCUACAGAGCAUCGAGCAGACAGCCGAUGAAACCCAAAGCCUGAAGCAUGCGUUGUGGUGUCUAACAAAAGUGACGAAUUUGGGCUUGUGCUGCGAUGCGGGCUUGGGCUUCCUCGUGCGUCCCGACACCGAGGCGCGGAGUCGUGCGAUUUCACGGCCAGUCUUCACCAACCAGAACUGGCGUCGGGGAUCUAGACAGUCUGCCGACAACGAUGCGGACGGUGACAUUGUCACGCUGACCGACUUCAAUGGCCUGACGCGCUCCCGCAGCAAGCUGACGUCUGACUCGAUGAAUCACAAAGAGCGCAUUCUCGAGCGGAUGAUGGAGGACGUGGGCUACAGAGGGCAAGAAGUCGACGAGGCCAUCCAGAUCCUUCUCGCAACAGAGCACCGGGAUCUCGAGAGCCUUGAACUGGGCGAUGACCAUGCAGUGCCGGUGGCCGACGUGGGCUCCCAAACUGGCAACGCAACACCACCGCGCCCACGAUACAGAACUAUCUUCGACACCAUGGCUGCGCCUGAAUCCAUUAGCACCGAAGACGUGCGCGCCGACGACUACCACGCUCAUAGAACCCAUCCACGGCCUCCCCUUAUGCCUGCCGAUCUGACUUUGGCUCAAAAGGAGCUGCUAUUGGAGUUGGAGUGGGCUCACCGCGCCAUGAUCCAAUCCUACUUUCUGGCCAUUGCGGACCAAGGACCGCCGAAUUUCCUUCAGAACCUGACGACCCUCACAUUCGCCAGCAUCCCCAGCUGCCAGGUCCAAAUCCUCAACGACCCGAGGAUCUGGCUGAACUUGCCCCAGGUAUCGCAAGUGUCCCUCGGUGUCAUUGCCGACUGGCGCCGCAUCGUCAAACGAUCCCCCGGAUGCAUCGACGAUGUACCAGUCUCCCCCGUGGAGGCGGUAGGCAAGGUGUACAACCUGAUCAACAACUGCAUCGGCCCUCAGUCCAACAUUGAAAGCCUGCACUUUGAGUGGAUAUGUGGCGGCGAGUUCGCCCCGAGCUCUGCCCAGCGCAACCAGUACGUGCUGCCGGCCCCUGUCGUCGACCGCCCUCGGGACCUAAUGGUCAAUGGGUUCGCCAAGGACAACCAAGGGGCGUUGCUGUUCCUGCCGCACAUCAAGCAUCUCUCCCUCAAGAAUUGCUGGUUCACCCCCGACGCAUUCCUGCAAACGAUCCGUCGCAUGGGCCUCGCCUCCCUGGAGAAGCUCGAGCUCGAGUCCGUGUCACUCUCAGGGCCCGUGACACCGGCCGACCAGCCACCACAGCACCCUCCCGUUCACAUGCCGGUGCCAGUUGGUCUUUGGGCUCACAACCAGCCCCUGCCCGUCCACCACCCGGCUCAGAACAACGAGGGCACCGCGGAAGAAAUAGGUAUCGAGGGGGACCCUCGGUGGUUCACGUGGUCUCACAUGGUAGGGCACUUUUGCAGCAACACCGCUGCUCGGGACGAGAGUGUCGACCGAGCCGAGCUUGCUGGACGACGGGCCCUGGCCGCGUCCGCACUGAGCAAGUAUGUUCCUGACGCGAUCCGGCUCGUCGAGGAUGAGGGUCUCUAUAAGAUACGAUGCGCCUCGUUCAAAUCGUGCGGCUACAUCUGGGUCAAGCAUCCCAAGGUCAACACCAGGGUCCUCAUGCCCCCUGAUAUCGCAGACGUCGCCCGUACGCCGACGUUGCCAGCGGCGCCGGCGCGGCUGGUGCUAGGCAUGCAGAGCUGCAAGGAUGGACUGGCUGGCCGCAUCUUGCCCUAUGUUAGCGAGGUCGACAAGGACAUUUUGGAGAAUGUGUAUGGCAUGAGGUUUGGAUGGAGCGACGUGUACGAUGGCAGCGUCAUUGCGGAUGCGAUACUGGAUGGCAUUGACGCGCCCGGCGCGGCGCGGUUCACAGGCGUUGUCAAUUCGCCUGGGCAGUAG